AUGCGCGUCUCAAGUGAAGUCGCCAGGUCUGCUCGCUCUCGACAUGUCCGUCGGAUUAUUAUGAUGCACCCUCAGCAUCACCCCUCUACUUUGCCUCGCCAACCUUUUGUGGCCCGAACUUCAAGUCAGGCUGACCUUCAAGCCGAGAUUGCCGAGUUUUUCUCCACUGUCUGCUCCAGUGGACCUUGUCUUUUGCCCACAUCCACCGAGCAACUCUUAGCGCCGGGGCAUUCUGAGGCACCAUUAGGCGAGUCUAACUCUGACCUUGUAUUUCAUGAUCGUGCUACCAAGAAGGGUAAAAAACCGAAGAAGGCUAAAAAGUCAAAGAAGGCUAAAAAGUCAAAGAAGGCCAACAAGCCAAAGAAGGCCAGAAAACCGAAGAAGAAAAUUCAGAAAAAGCCACUUCACCACGGCGCCAAACCCAUCACGCCCGUCCCUCAUAAUCCUGCUAAACUCAUCCAACCACUCGUCAAAAAACCAAUCCACCCCACAUUGCCUGACAAGCUACUCACACCAGUCAAACCACUCACACCAGGCAAGCCAUUGAAACCAGUCAAACCACUCACACCAGGCAAACCAUUGAAACCAGUCAAACCACACAAACCGGCGAAGCUGUUGAAGCCAUUCAAACUACCUAUUAAACCUAUUGUACCGGUUCUCAGCAAGAAUAUUCCUUCACUUCCUGUCAAGCUAAUCACACCCAUUGUUAAAAAACCUACCAAGCUAAUACUACCGGCGAAGCCAGUCACACCUCUGAAGCCAAUCAAAGUGCUCCCUCACAAACCUCUGAAGCCUUUGAAAACAACCAAUCUAUCACCUAUCAAACCUAUUGUACCAACUCUCAAAGCGUCUAUUGCUACGCUGCCUGUUAAACCAAUUGCACCCACUGCUGCAGCGACUGUCAAGCCAUUACCCCCGGCUAAGCCACUCAAACCACUGAUACCAAUCAAAGCACUUCCUCACAAGCCACUAAAGCCCUUGAAACCAACAAAACUAGGACCCCUCAAUCACGUCGUCCCGGCUCCAACAAAACCCAUCGUCCCGGCUCCUGUCAUACCUUCUCUGGCAAUUUCAGGUCUGCCGGCACAACUUCCCACUAAGCCUCCUCCGGUAAUUUCAGCAAUGUCGCUGCCUGUUAAACCAAUUGCACCCACUGCUGCAGCGACUGUCAAGCCAUUACUCCCGGCUAAGCCACUCAAACCACUGGUACCAAUCAAAGCACUUCCUCACAAGCCACUAAAGCCCUUGAAACCAACAAAACUAGGACCCCUCAAUCACGUCGUCCCGGCUCCAACAAAACCCAUCGUCCCGGCUCCUGUCAUACCUUCUCUGGCAAUUUCAGGUCUGCCGGCACAACUUCCCACUAAGCCUCCUCCGGUAAUUUCAGCAAUGUCGCCACAAGCUGCGACUAAUCCUCCCCCGACCAUUUUAGCCAAGCCGGCUCAAAUUCCCACCAAACUUCCAGCUACAAAAACUUUAGCCAAACCGGAGAUUCCUGCCCAGCUUCCCAUACAAGUUGUCCCUAUCUCGUCCCCGCCUAAGGCGCCCGUCUCAGUCACUGUGAAGCCUACUGUUCAGGUUCCUAUCAAUACGGCGACUGUGCUACCAAGCAAACCUUUGGUCCAAACUCCUAGCAAAAUAUCUCCAAUUCUUACUCAGUCCACACCUAUCAAGCCGGCGGCUGUGAUGCCUAGCAGACCUUUGGUGCAAGCUCCUACUAAACCCAAUUUGUCUCCUGUUUCUCAUCCCCUGCUUGUUCCGACGCCGGCCUCCGCUCACCCAGCUUUGGUCCAAACUCCUAUUAAACCCUAUUCUCCUAUUCCCCAGCCCGUGUCCAUUGCGGUUCCUCUGGUGCAUGCCCCCGCAACAAACAUCGUUUAUGCCGCCGUACCCGCUAUCAGCCACCCAUCUCAAAUCUCAACUCCCAUCCAACCACUCCCUGUUGCCGCACAGGUCAACCACACCUCUGCUACACCGGUCACCGUGCAAACCGGCGAAAAACAUAUCCUUUCCAAUACCAAACCUUCAACACCUCCAUUAACAAAUACAACUCUUAUCCAAGCUUCACAAGUAACUACUUUACCUGAAAAUCUAGCGACUACUCCAACAUCACAAGCAACCAUAUCACCUGCUGUUGAAGCUGAAGUACCGUUACUGCAGCCAGAAGCCCCCGCAACCAAACCCAUUGCCCCAACUCCUCAAGGCUUGCCGCUGCCAGAAGCCCCGUACAAUGUCACAUCUCAAAAUUCAACGCAGCCAGAAGCCCCGGUCGCUCAACCAAACACAGUAUCUUUAGCUCAAGACUGGACCCCAUCUCCACCCAUGGAAUCUGAUUCGCCUGUGCCGAUUGUCGCUGCUUCCCAAGACACUGUCCAAAAUGUUGACACCCCCUUAUCUCCCACCGCCGAUGGUACUACCAUAAUUUUUCCAGCUCCUGCUUCGCCACAAGACACUGUUCAAGUUGAUAACUCCCCCUCACCUCCCACCGCUAAUGGCGCUAGCAUACUUUCUCCGGCUGAAAAUCAGAGCGCAAACCCCACUAUUCCGGGUCAACUCUCCCCCUCCAUCAACGUUACACUAGACUCGGUCACUAAUGCUACCUUGCUGAACAACGGAACACUUCUCAACAACGGCACCAUUCUCAACGGUACCGCACUGGCCAAUAAUACUGCACGAUCCAAUAGCUUGCAUGGCAUAAAGCUAAGUAAUUCUUCCCCCAACAUAUUGGCCGCUGGACCCUCAUACCACACUGGCGCAGCCCUCGCCGGCGCCGGCCCCAAAAGGUGGACAACGGUUUCAAGGGCUUCAUGGACGGCCCAUCAAAUUGUCCACCAUCUCAGAUGGCUCAAGCACAUUAUCCGACUAGAUCUGAAGUAA